GAGUUUCGCGUUGUGCUGACACAGUUUGAGGGAAACUCCAAGUCAGUGGUCAGCCUGACCGGCGCUGCGCCAGCUCCCAGCCUCCUGUCGUCGCUGAAUGAUCCACAGAAUAUCAACGAGGACGAACGGGCACGCCAGUGGAAGGCCGUCCAAGCAGAGAGAAAGAAAUUUGUUUCCUUCUCUGUCCCGAGCCAGUGGACCAAAGACGGAAUUUUGGCCGCCUUCCGCGCUGCUGGAAAAGUCUACAGUCACAAAGGCUCCCUCAACACGUCGCAUCGCUUGGUCGUCGGCUCCGCAGACCUGCUUUCGGAAGACACUGCGACCCCCUGGGCCACGUUGACCAAGCCAGACUCGAAGCUUUGGAAGGAGAUCUGCCAAUUCUCCAGGACAAUCAGUGGCCCUGAAGAUUUCGUCAUGUUGUUCGACGGACGGAUGCGUGAGAUCAGGAGCUUGAAUGAAGCUCGGCCUUUGGGAAGCUUGCAUGAUGAGGAGAUCUUGAAGGAUCCGCAUUCCGAGGAGGUGACCCUUGUGUAUACCGGAGGCUGCCCUCCCAGGGCUGGCCGCACUCGGAGGGUGCCACUCUCUGCAAAGAAAGUGGAGUCUGCAGCCAUUCGCUUCCCAGUCAUGCGCAACAAAGUCCGCGCGCAGAAAAGGGAAGCUUUCACCGCAUGUGGUGAGGCGUCCACGUACCAGGGGACAUACUGCGGCGUCAAGUAUCGACCGUGCGCUCAAAUGCCGCUCAUCUCCAAGACUGAGAAGAAGGCUAUCUUGGAGAAGGACACUGACCAGGUGCCGGAGGAUUGGUCGGACGUGCACGGAGACGAUGUGCCGUUGUUCUGGCAAGAAUCCAAGCCAAUCGACUUUUACACGGCCCUGCUUGCAGACUACAAGGCCAAUGCUGUGUUCGACAUCACAGCAGGCGCGGGGGCUCUCAUGGAGGCGUGCCUGGGCGCCGGCGUUCUCUACCAUGGCCUUUGUCGUGUCCUUAGCUGGCAGUCCUCAUGUUUGAACAGGCAGCACAUGAUCUGGGUGCAAGCUGUGGCCGACAGGGCGGCCUGCGGACUCAUGGCUGUGGAAGGAUCAACGCUCUUCUCGGAGGAAGGUGCAAAGUCGGUGAGGAAGCAUUUCGGCAACAUCUUGGACAGCCUUGUUGUCGGCGAGGAUGAAAAUGAAGAAGACCUCGAGCAGCUGAAAAUGGUACGCCGCGCAGUGCUGCAGCAGAGUCACAGUUGGCUGGUUAGGUCCCGAGGUCCCACGCUAGGCCAGGCCAUGACUGCCGUCACGCAUCGGCUGCGGAGCAAGACGCAGACGAAGGCGGCUGCGGCUGUGUGUCGCCAAAAGAAAGUUCCAGGGCGAAAGACGCAAGCAGCCAAAGCGCGAGGCGCAGCUGUGAAAGCAGGUGCUGCUCCGGUUGCACGCCGCUGCUUUGCCCUGUUUGUGAAGGAGAACUCCAUGGUUCGCAAAGGUGCCUCCCAAGCUGAGCAUAAAGCCGAGCUGGUGCGUCUGGGGGCAGUCUGGAGAAGGUUGCCCAAGGAGGAGCAGGACCGCUACCGCGUCAAGAGCGCUGAGGAGUUCGGGCUCCAGCGAGAAGGCCUUGCUUCGCAUGGUAUUUUUGUGACGGGGAAACGCCCGUGCGACACAGGUGCGGCAGCGCAGCCACCGCAGCAGCCAGCCUGCAUUGGCCCGUACGUGCUGGAACCCUUCGAGUCUGCGCAAGCAGGCAACGUCCGGCUCGGAUGUGGGAGCUAUGGCAAGGUCUACAAGUCCAAGUCGCCCAUGACAGGCCAGCAGCUUGCUGUGAAAGCUUUCUAUGGCCGGGAUGCCGGGGAGGAUGCAGAGCACGAGGUGGCUUUGUACCAACACAUGGUUGCCAACCUCUUGCACUCGGAGAUGGCGUUCUUUGCGACCAUCCAUAACUAUGACGUUGCUUCAGAGCCAUAUCCCUGGAUUGCCAUGGAUUUCUGCGGGCCCAGCUUGGCAAAGACCUUGAAUGCUUCUCCGAAAAUGCCUUGCAGCUCCGUCCAAACCAUUGCAGUCCAGCUCAAGACUGCCUUGCAGUUCGUUCACCGAGCAAUGAUCUUGCAUCUGGACGUGAAGCCUGCAAACAUUCUCUGGGUCGAGCAACUUCAGCUAGUCAAGCUCUGCGAUUUCGGCAUGGCCGAGAGGCGAGAUGUGCCGGCGAGCAGACUGAGGUUUGCGCAAUAUGUGACGGUUCCGUACCGGCCGCCUGAACUUGUUGCUGUUGAUGGACAAAAGGAGCCAGCAAAGCUACAUCGAAUGCUGACGCCAGGCGUGGACAUGUGGAGUUAUGGAUGCACCAUCUACAACGUUGCUACCGGAACUUCUUUGAUGUCGCCACUUGCCAACAACGCGAAGCCGUACUGUGAGAAGACGCUUAGUCUCUGGUGCACUCAUUGGGCACAGUUGUGCAAGCAGCAGCUGCCAAAGACAGCUGAGGGUAGAGUGUGGCAGUUGCGGGGGCGACUUGUGCUCGCCCGUCAACUGCAGGGAAUCAUUCUUAAAGUUUGCAAUCCCACGGCAGCAAAGCGCCAGUGGCCAAGCGUAGCCGAGUGCAAGGCGGGCUUAGAAGGCUCCUGCCACUUUUCUUACGGCAAGUUGAACCGUGUGCUCUUCUCACUGGAGGCCGUCAAAGCCUGCGUGGGAGGGGUGAAGCUGGUGGCGUUGGCUAUGUUUCUUUUCCGCGACAUGACGAAAGGCGCAGACCAAUUUUCUGUGGCCACGGCUUUUCUGGCCGCGUAUUUGAUGUACCGAAGCGGUGUGUCCAUUCGCAAGGUGUCUGCGAAUGGUCCGUUGACGCUGCGGAUCUUGGGAAGCUCCAACCCAAUUCUGGUUAGCUGUGGCCAGCCCUGGACGCUUCUGAAAGCUCUGCGUGGCUCAUUUGCGCACGCAGUGACCAAGGUGGAGACUCUUCGUGUCGAAGUCUUCGUGCUCUGCAGAAGGUUGGCCAAAUAUGUGCUGAAAGAAGCACGAAAAGCACCGAAGCAAGGGCUUUGCCUUGCUGCGACACUUGUGAAAUUCUUCAAGAAAACGGGCGGGGUCAAGCGCAAGAUGUUCCUCCCUUCAAGGUUUAGCCUCUCCAAGGCACUGACAAUGGCCGGGCAUUUCUUGGAUGGGCAUCUGCAGGGGCAUUUUGCAUCCGCUGACAAGAAGAAAUGGGUGGUACGCGUCGGGGGUGCAGGCAACCAUGUGCCAAAUCCAAGGCUUCAAGACAUACACAUGGAUGCGUCGAAGCUCAUGCCACUGCACAUCCUUGGAAGUCUUCAAUGGUUGGGACGCCUUGACGAGGGUGCAACAGCUACAGAUAGAAAGGCCAGCAAUUGGAAUUCUACCAACGCGAAGCAGUUUCAAAAGUUUGCUGGUGGCAAAGGAGUGCCAGAGGUUGUCCAGGCUGUGCGAGCGCACCUUGCAGAGGCCAGCGUUGCUUUUCGCGAGAUGGGUGUGGACACAGCCAAGCUCGCCCAGCUUCAAAAGCAACUGUGCCCGGCCAUGGUCAUCUGGAAUUCUUGCCAAGCUAUGAAGGUUCUGAUGAGACCUGGCUGCAUCCGAGUCGUGUGA